GAGCGAGAGCGAGAGGCCGGUGGAGAAAUACCGACAGUCUAAACAAAACAGAUGAGAAUGCAGGAUGGGCGACCGAGCGGACGCUGCGUUUAAAACAACUGGAUCCAAAUGGUUGUUACCUGUCAGCCAGUUCUUUGGGUUUCCUCUGGACCAGGUGAAUUUUUUAGCCUGCCAGGUGUUUGCCCUCGGCGCUGCCUUUUGGUUUCGUCUCUACCUCAGCCCCAGCCAUGCCAGUCCCCUGGUCAGACAUGCUGUGGCCACUCUGUUUGGCAUUUCCUUUCUCAUCUUCUGCUUUGGCUGGUACUCAGCCCAUAUCCUGAUCCUGGUGCUUGCAAGCUACUUCAUCAUUAUGAAAACUGACAUCAGAAACAUACACAGAUAUUCAAUGGUGAUGGCUAUGGGCUAUCUGACAGUGUGUCAGGUCAGUCGAGUCUUUAUCUUCAACUAUGGAAUACUGUCCACAGAUUUCUCCGGACCUCUGAUGAUAGUAACGCAGAAGAUCACCACACUGGCUUUCCAGCUACACGAUGGCGUGUGUAAAAAGCCCAAGGAACUUACCCCUGACCAGAGACGUCUAGCUGUACACGAGAGGCCCUCUCUCAUCGAGUACCUGAGCUACAACCUGAACUUCCUGAGUGUUUUGGUGGGGCCCUGCAGUAACUACAAGGACUUUAUUGACUUCGUAGAGGGAAAACACAUCCUCAGACGGCUCAGACAGCACUCAGGGACCUGCAACGGACAGAGCAGUUACGACAAGGCUGCCUUGCCAUCGCCUUUGAGUGCAGUCUGUCGCAAGCUGCUGGUCUGCUGCUGCUGCAUGCUGUUCUUCCUCACUGUAACCAGGUCCUUGCCGAUCACAUAUAAUGUCGACUCCCACUUUGUCAGCCAUGCCCCCUUCCUCACCAGGCUCACCUACGCUUUCUUCUCCAUACAAGCAGCAAGGCCCAAAUUCUAUUUUGCAUGGACUCUAGCUGAUGCCAUCAACAACGCUGCAGGUUAUGGUUUUAUGGGGAUUGAUGAGAACGGAAAGGCAUCCUGGGACCUCAUCUGCAACCUCAACAUCUGGGGGAUUGAGACAGCAACCAGCUUUAAAACAUUCAUUGACAACUGGAAUAUUCAAACGGGCGUUUGGCUCAAAACUGUGUGUUAUGACCGGGCCCCCCGUUAUCGUGUGGCGUUGACUUUUGUCCUGUCUGCUUUGUGGCAUGGUGUUUAUCCAGGAUACUACUUCACUUUCAUAACUGCUAUCCCCAUCACUAUGGCAGCACGCGCUGUACGCAAAUCAUUCCGCCACCACUUCCUGUUUUCCAGAGAGGUGAAACUGUUCUAUGACAUCAUAACAUGGGCAGCCACUCAGCUAGCUAUCUGCUACACUGUCAUGCCUUUUCUACUGCUGGCAGUAGAACCUACGUUGGUCUAUUACAGUUCCAUGUACUUCCAUGUGCACAUCAUCAGCAUUCUGUCCGCAAUCACCCUGCAUCAGAAACACAAACCCAAGGACCUCUCGGCCACUGCCAAACAUUUUUCUUCGUCCUCCUCUCCUUCUGUGGACUCGUCCCAGUGCCAGGCUGCUCACUCUAACAACAACAUUAAGGGUGACUGAAAACGCCUCUCCUCUUUCACCAUCAUCCACCCCCGGACCCUGAGUCCACAGUGUUCCUCGCAAACAAACCCCUAAAGGGCAUUCAGUAAACUCAAAACAGGACGCCUUCGUAUUAUUUAUUUUUCUAUGACAGGACAGAGGAAAAAGUGACGUGAACGCAGGGGAGGGAAACAACAAUUACGACACAACAGGAUGUAGGAGUGGAACCAAUGCCAUUGGACGUAUAUGAUAUAUAUGAUGCGAUAUAUGUGCCAUUAACAUGCUGAAAAAGUGAGACUGGGUGUAGCCAGUACU